AUGGACCAGGCUAAUUUUGCCGUUGAAUAUAAACUGAAUCAACGAUAUGGAUUUGGUUUAAUUUUGGAUGAGAGUGAUACUAAUGUAUUUGAUCAAACUGGCUUUGCCGCAUUGCUACCUGUCACCUUCUCGAAACUCUCUCACCUGCGCUCCGUCGUACUUGCUGGCACGCCACUUCAAGAUCGUAUUAGCGCUUUUCUGGCCAGCGCAUCUCCUUCAGGUGGACACUACGCAAUCCCAUCAUCCACUGCCAUCUCUUCGAGUGUUAACUACACUUCAUCCACUCCAAUUGCCCAUUCAUCCUCUGCCUCUUCCUCCGGCAUUUCCACUUUCGCCUCCUUUAAUUCUGUCUCUUCCCGAUUUACAUCUCAAUCAACAGCCAUUUCAUCAAAUCCAGUCAUCCCUAGCUCUACUAAUGCCUCUUAUUCAUGCUCGAUCUCCUCUUCCGCCAACCGUUCUGGAGGAACUACGAUGACCACUGGCCUUAGUUCUGGCCUCGCCUCUCAAAAGGAAACAAUGUUCACAGGCUCUGGGGAGGUUGAUGCUGCCACUCUAUUCGCCUUUAUCAACUCAAUGACGCACAGGUGA